AUGGCUGGGGUAAAGCUUCGGUCUAAUAAUCUUGUUCAACUUCGUCUCUUCGUGAAAGCCUCGAAUAUUCUGGAUACUGUUCGUUUCAACGUACAUCGCUCCGACCACCGUGCACGACUCCUUCAGACUAUACAGCUGCUCCUUUGCCACUUGCAGUUAGACUUGUCAAUUCGUUCACAGAUAAAGGAUUUUUGUCUUUCUCAGCAGGUCGUCUACACCCCGCCGAGCAGGAUUCCGCUGUUCUUGGACAAGAAGAUGACCGUUAAUGUUGGCUAUUUGCUACACAUCGUCAACUUUUUCAAGUAUCAUAUGAAAACUGAACCUGAAAAUACGCUUUACCCGCUUUUGUCUGAUCUUGAAAGCCAUGCCCGACCGACUAGCUGGGAUGGACCAUUGGAGCAUUGUCACGGUGACAAGCUUGCAUCCGCCUGGAAAGGAAGCUAUGCCUACAUUCCUGAUUACGAUGAGCUCAAAUUUGUUCGCGAUCGUGAUCGGUGCAGCAAUCUUCUCGAUAUGCCAAUCCCGGAUGCUCUUGACUGUGAGGGUGGAUUUCAAACACUAUUGAUUGAUUCUUUGCCCGACCACAAAGUACUCUGGCCUGCCGCCUUUGAGAAUCAUCUUUCAGCUUUGCCUUCAGAACAACUCCUUGAUAUUCUUGCAACGGAGCAGCAAGAUCCACCCGCAACACGACGGAGUAAGCGGACCCCCCGGCAGUGCCGUUAUACAACGCCUCCGCCUUUGCACGAAUCUGCAUUCCUUACUUCAAUGUACAAUAAGUCACCGGUGUUACCACCGAUGAAAUCGACUAAGUCGGAACGAAAGGCAGUUCCGAUACCGGGAAAAGAUUAUCUGCAGUUUGGGGGCUCCGGCCAGGACCUCUCAUGCUUUCAUUGCACGGGUAUCACUCACAAGCUACCCCCUCAAUCAGGUAUACCCGGCUGGCAACGCGUCUGUAUGAUGAAGUACGGCUCAGAUAUUGAUUCGCUGAGAUCUGCAACCUCAUCUGGACCAUUCUCAAGUUCCUCACCAGGCUUCUUAGCAGCGUCUUCAUCUAAAACGAGCAUCUCCUCUUCCACCAACAAUCUUUAUCAAGGCGUGGUCCCGAACCCUAAUCCUUUUGCAAUGACUAGCGAUAACAGCUUGGAUGAUAUUGGCAUUAUAGAUGAUGAUUGCUGGUGCUAUGAAGGCAUCAUACUACCAGGCGGCAAGAUUAUGGUUGGCAGGUGGUGGCAUCCGCUUGACGAAGAAGAGUUUUCCUCCAUGGGACCAUUCAUCUUCUGGAGCGUCGACAAUAAGAGCGACAAUUGA